GAGUAAGCUCAGAGAAGUGGACGAUGAAAAACCCUGGAGCUGCAAUAUCAACCGCGCUGAAGUUCUUGUCCCCAAAUGGGACAUGCGCCCGUUUCCCCCACACCGAGCGCGCUCGCGUUUUCCCUUCCCCUUCCUCAGUCCCCAUGGCCCCUCUCGAUCCAAACCCUAGCCCUAGCCCCUGAAGUCCCAAUUAAAGGGGGCAAGAAAGCCGAGAGAGCGGGAAGGAUUCGGGCUUCGAUGGAGGAUGAGGGGCUCUCCUCCUCACGGGGGAACCCUAGAUUCCCGCAGGGGGACCGCCCCCCGCGGACGGCGCCGGCGGCGGAGCCGCAGCCCGCGACGGGGCGCCUACUCCAGCCGAUCCUAGACCGGUUCCGCGCCAUGCUCCGGGAGAGGGAGGAGGAGCUGCGGGAGGCGACUGGCGAGGACACACCCCCGCCCCCGACCGCCGGAGAAAUCGUCCGGCUCUAUGAGGAGCUCCUCUCGGAGCUCACCUUCAACUCGAAGCCCAUCAUCACCGAGCUCACCAUCAUCGCCGGUCAGCACCUCCAGUUUGCGGAGGGGAUCGCUGACGCCAUCUGUGUUCGGGUUCUCGAGGUUCCUCUGGAUCAAAAACUACCCUCCUUAUAUCUUCUGGAUAGUAUUGUGAAGAACAUAGGUCGUGAAUAUAUGAGGUAUUUUGCAGCUCGUCUCCCCAAGGUGUUUUGUGAGGCAUACAAUCAAGUCCAUCCGAACCAGUAUCCUGCCAUGCGCCACCUUUUUGGGACUUGGUUCCAAGUCUUCCCUUUAUCAGUACUUCGCAAGAUUGAGGAUGAACUCCAAUUUUCUCCUUCUAAGAGCAACCAGUCAUCAGGAAUUACAAGUAUGAGGCGCUCUGAAUCUCCAUCUCCUCGUCCAUCUCAUGGCAUUCAUGUAAAUCCUAAAUACCUAGAAGCACGACAUCUCUUCAAACAUUCAACAGCGGUGCGUGCAGUAGAAAGUCAUGAUAAGGUGCAUAUGACUGAUUUUAAUGGGGAGCAAAUGGAGGAAAAUGCAUCAGAGGGCCUUAAAGGAUGGUCUGGAGCUUCUCCAAAAUUUCAUGACAUUGAACAUGCCAGAGGAGUUUCUUCCAGUUUACAAGUUUAUGGGCGGAAAUCUUCCAUGCAAUGUAACAAGUACGAUAUUGAUAAUCCUGAGGUGCGUCCUUCACGAAGAGGGAUAUUAAGAGCAGGUUCACCACACACUGCAGCCACACAAGCAUCCUCUAUGGUUGAAGUGGAAGGUCCAACCCAUCAUUCAAAGAGCAAGUUUUCAAGGUUUUCACCUCCUCCAAUAAUUGGACCACGAAAGUCUAUAUUACCUCUCACUGACAGAUUCUCAAGAAAUACUUCCCCCAGGAGGGUGCUUGAAAGGGCUUCUCCAUCUCAUUCAGGAGCUGGCAGAGGGACUAAUCAGAACAGUUGGUUUGAGAGGAUCUGGCCUUUUGACGAUGUUACCCAGCAAGUAAAAUCUUCCAUGGCAUUCAACCUUAAUAACGGAUAUGCCGAGAAGCACUCGAGAGAACUAAUUGAUGCAUAUGGAAAUUGUAGUGGGACAAGCACUUCUCUUGAAAAGCUUCCAAAGGUUCAACGACUUGAUGUAAAUGGCUUAGCCAGUGAGGCAGCCAAUAUAAAAUGGAAGAAUUCUGAGGAAGAAGAGUAUGUUUGGGAGGAUAUGAGCCCGACUUUAUCUGACCGAAGCAGAAGAAACAGCCAGCCACCCUUAGGGCGCAGUACUGGAAGCUUAAGCAUAAGGGGUGGUUUAACUAGACCAGAUGCUUCACUGCUGGAACAUGAUUUUGGAAGGCACAGUUGGCCUGGCCAAGCUCAGGCAGUUGAUGAUCCUGCUUAUACUGUUGAAGAUAGGAUACCUUUGUUUGGUUCUGCUCAUGGAUCAAGGAAUAGGAAGAAUCUGGAUAGCAUAGUAAAUCAGAACAAGUUGUUGCCGCACAGUCAGGGUUCUCACCACACUCGUGAACCUCGGAAGUUGCCUUACGUGUUCCCACAAUCUUCACAACAGAGCCUUAGUCCACAGGCGCGAGGAAGGGCUCCUCAGAUGCCUGUUGCAGCAAGUGGAAUAACACCUCCAAUUGGUAAUAAAUUGCCCAAUCUAUAUGAAAAUACACCAGAUAUGGAAGUGGCAUUUCAGGAAUUGUCAAGCUCUCAUUCUAACCCUUUCAAUGUGGACACAUCCACAUUAGAGAUAUAUUUGCCACAAAUACCACAUUCACCCCCUCCUGCUCCAAUUAUAUGGCCUCCCGUUCAUAAAUCUGAGGCGCUGCCUUUACUACCUAUUCUUCCAAAUCAAAAGCAGUUUAAAAGUCCUUUUGAUUUUCUAGAAGCUAGCAAGCCUUUACUGAACCAAGGCUUAGAAUCAUCUUUCUAUUUUUCUCAGCAUCAGGAUGACACUGCUGAUACAAAAAACUCGAACUCAAAUAAGUUGCUUCAAGUACCAUAUCAACAGCCUGGCUUAGCUCAUGAAAAUCGUCAGAGUCAGGAACGAGGCACUAACAUGCAAAUUCAGUCUCAGGAGGCUCACAGAGGCUUUAUUCCAUCUGCACCAGCUCAGCUUUCAUUUCAACCCUUAAAUCAUGCACAACCAUCAGGACAGGGUGUCGCCAUGGGUUCGGUUUUGCCUAAUCCAUUAUCUCGGUUACCUUCUUCUGCAGCGGUGAACAGUAUGCCUGAUACCUCUUUGCAUGUGCAUGCCAGCAUUUUACCUCCUUUGCCUCCAGGACCACCUCCUGCCUCAUCACAUAUGGGACCUGUUUCUCAAAAUAUGGGCUCUGUGGUAUCUUGCUCACCUGCCAGUGCAUUUUCUGGCCUGAUCAGUAGUCUUAUGGCACAGGGUUUGAUAUCAUUGACAUCACCAGCCCAAUCACAGGAUUCUGUGGGGGUUGAAUUUAAUGCUGAACUUCUUAAGGUGCGACGUGAGUUGGCAAUUAAUGCUUUGUAUACUGAUCUUCCUAGGCAAUGCACAACAUGUGGCUUACGUUUCAAGUGCCAACAAGAACACGGCAGUCACAUGGAUUGGCAUGUGACUAAAAACAGAAUAUCUAAGUAUCGCAAGCAAAAGCCAUCUCGCAAAUGGUUUGUGAGUGCAAAGGAAUGGCUUAGUGGGGCAGAAGCACUUGGAAAUGAUGUUGUUCCUGGCUUUUUGCCAACAGAGGAUGUUACAGAGAAGAAGGAAGAUAAAGAACUGGCAGUCCCUGCGGAUGAAAAUCAGACAGUGUGUGCAUUAUGUGGGGAACCUUUUGAGGAUUUUUAUAGUGAUGAUGCCGAGGAGUGGAUGUACAAAGGGGCAGUAUAUUUGAAUGCUCCAGAGGGAUAUAGUGAAGGUUUAGACAGGUUACAGUUGGGCCCCAUUGUCCAUGCCAAGUGCAGGUCUGAGUCGACGGAAGGAUCUGGACAAACUUAAGGGGGAAACAAAUCUGGUUGGCUUAAAGAAUUGCGGCUUAAAUUAACCUGUAGACUACUUGGAGCAUUGCAGGCCAUUAUGGUAUGCACCGCUUUAUCCCGCCGCCGCCCCCCGCAUAAUAAAGCCUGUGUACCAUAGCAUCAUGUUAAAUAUUGUGCAUGCAAACUGGCUUUCUGUAACUUACUCUGUCAUCAAGGUCUACAUUUCAUUCAUCUACUGUUCUUCCUGUACAUUUUGCUUUUACAUCUAUGGUCAUUGCUGCAGUCAUUAGAUUUUCAGCCAUGGGGUUUAGAGAAAGAUUCCAUGCAUCAUAGGAAGUCUUUAUUUAUAAUGUGGAUCCUUUUCUGCUAUCAAUCCUCUCUAUUUAGGGAGGUUUACUGCUGCUCCGUUUUCCCCCUUUUUCCCUUUUAUUACUGUGAUUAGCAGGGGAAUCAAUAAUUUUCAGAGCAGGUAGCCUUUCAGUGCCCUGUCAAUCAUUGAUUUGGUGGGGCACAGAUGCUGGAAGAACAGGCAGCGCAUCUGCAGCCAUGCUAGCAGUAGCCGCCAUGGUACUUUUCUAAUGUGCCCUUUUUUCCUUUUUUUUUAACCCUUUUGCUUUCUCUGUUUUUGUUUUCCCUCGUCAUUUUUGUGCUGCAACAACAAUGUUUUAACUCUUGUUGGCAUGGUAUAUACUUUAUUGUGUGCGGUCUAUGAGAGGAGCUGAUUAGUUGCGCUUUCAAUUUGCUGUAUUCUAUGUUCGCAUAAACUGGAAGUAUUCCUCCCUAGGAGUGUCGAUAAACUGAAUGUUCCCAUUUUAAUAUCAGACAACAUUCCAUGCAAAGCUUUUGGGGCCCUAAAUGAUCAUGCAGUGUGUGAUGACCAAGGUGUAGUGCACUGCUGGAUAGCGAUCUCCCAAAGCCGGUGUUAGAUGGAAAUCUUUGCAGGUGAUGCGCUUAUCGCCUGUGUUAUAAGAAUUUAUUUCCCUUCCAGAUUGUGAGCUUGGUUGGAGUCCGGAAUUUCUGCUUGAUCAAUUCAGAUUGUGUCUGGUCUGAAGGAUGAGGUGAUCCGGUCAGAUACCACCUUUCAUGAUGUUGCGACAACAGUCUGUGAUUCAUGUUGAAGGAUAUUCCACCUCAAAUCCUAGCAACUUAUUUUUAAUUUUAUGCUAUGAUUGUGUCUGAUUGUGUGGAGUGACAGAGAUCAGAAAUUUGGCCACAAUCUUGAAAUGUUUGGUUAUCCAAUAGCCUCCGGAGUAGAUGUUCAUUCUGGUUAGCGUAAGCAAGCAGAAGAGAAUGAGAUGCUCGGUCGGUGAUGGGGUAUGAUAGUCUCUGAUGGCGCUUGUAAGCUCAUUUUAACAAUUUUGAACAAAUAAAUCUUCCAAAAGUUAUGC